CCUGCCUGGAGGACCUUGUUAAGAAUUCAAAACUAUCACGAAUUCCACGAUAUACCACUCACUUUUACUACCAAUUACCCCUUGACCUGUGGUGAUUUAUACCCUUCCUGCGCAUUGUCUUUAGCCUUUUUUUUGAUAUCUCCAGCAAACUCAGAACCCGUCGCUCUCCACAUCAACAUUUAGAAACAACAUGGCGCAAGAUGGCGAACCACCAAAGUCUGUUGACAAGGGCAAAGGCAAGGCGGUCUCAGAUCCCAAGAACCCAGAGGAGGUAGAGAAGGAUACAGAUGGAAAGCCCAUAGUUAAUGGGGCCAAAGAAGAGCCAGUCGUUGGAGGUAUGUUGCUAGUAAUGGAAUGGAUGGGCACUUACUAAUGCCAUGUAACAGCGGAGGAGCUCAGCGAGGAAGACCAACAAUUGAAGAGUGAACUUGAUAUGCUGGUGGAACGAUUAACUGUAUGCGUGUACUCAUCACUAAUGCUGCAGGUGAAACUAACUGUCUCAACUAUAGGAAUCGGACCAAUCUCUUUACAAAAGUGCCCUCGAAGCUAUCAAAGAUUCGAUCAAAACCUCCACCUCGUCUAUGACCGCUGUGCCAAAACCUCUCAAGUUCCUCAGACCGCAUUAUGAGCCUAUGAUUAAGCUGUAUGAGCAAUGGCCGGAAGGAGAUGACAAAACAUCUCUUGCAGAUGUUCUUUCAGUUAUUGGUAUGACAUUUUCAGACGAAGAAAGACAAGAUACUCUCAAAUAUCGAUUGCUUGCACCCACAUCAGAUAUUGCGUCAUGGGGUCACGAAUAUACAAGGCAUCUUGCUUUGGAAUUGGGAGAGAUGUACAGCAAGAGAUUAGCAGAAGAUCAACCAACUCAAGAUCUUAUUGAUCUGGCCUUGAUUCUUGUGCCGUUAUUUUUGAAGAGUAACGCCGAAGCUGACGCUGUCGAUUUGAUGAGCGAGCUUGAAAUUAUCGAACAAAUUCCAAAUUACUUGGAUAAGGAUACUUACACGCGAGCAUGUCUUUACAUGGUUAGCAUGGUCAACCUCUUGACUUAUCCAGAGGACCAGACAUUCCUCAGAACCGCACACCAUAUCUACAAGAAAUAUAACCAACUUACCCAAGCGAUUGUCCUUGCAAUUAGAUUAAACGACCUUGAUCUCGUCAUGACCGAUUUUGAUUCUACCACGGACCCGGCAUUGAAAAAGCAGAUGGCUUUCCUUAUUGCCCGCCAAAGAAUAGUUCUCGACGACCUACCAUGCGAAACGAGCGAAGACCAGGAGAUCAUGGAGUGUAUGUAUAACACAAAGAUGCCGGAACAUUUCAAGGCUCUGGCCAAGGAAUUGAAUAUUCUGGAUCCAAAGACAACGGAAGACAUUUACAAGAGUCAUUUGGAAAGUACCAGGGUGUCAGGCUUAACGAACCUUGACUCUGCUGGGCAUAAUUUGGCAGCAGGAUUUGUCAAUGCUUUCGUAAAUGCUGGAUUCGGCAAUGAUAAGAUGAUGAUGGUUGAGGAUGAGAAGUCAAGCUGGGUCUGGAAGACAAAGGAAGAGGGGAUGAUGUCCACUGUCGCUUCAAUGGGUACAUUACUUCUCUGGGACAUUGAGACAGGUUUGGACAAAAUUGACAAAUACACAUACGCUCCAGAAAUUCAAAUUCAAGCCGGUACGUUGUUGGCGAUUGGUAUAAUGAACUCUGGAGUACGAAUCGAUUCUGACCCUGCUCUCGCACUUCUUGGCGAAGAGGAGAAGCUUAACCACGAUAAUCCUCUCGUCAGAGUUGGUGCCAUCAUGGGUCUGGGUCUUGCUUAUGCUGGAUCAAAUAGAGAACAACUUCUUGAUCUUCUCUUACCUAUUGUUACCGACACAUCUGUGGAAAUGCAAAUCUCCGCGAUGGCGGCUCUUUCUUUAGGUAUGAUAUUCGUUGGUUCUGGCAACAGUGAUAUCACUUCAGCUAUCUUCCAAACUUUCCUUGACGAGGAUCGCAAAUCUCAACUUAAGGACAAGUGGACUAGAUUUAUGGCUCUUGGUUUAGGUUUAUUGUUCUUUGGACAACAAGAGAAUGUGGACGUUAUUCUCGAGACUCUAAAAGCUGUUGAUCACCCCAUGUCUAAGCCAACAGCUGUUUUGGCAGAGAUUUGUGCCUGGGCUGGAACUGGAACAGUUUUGAAGCUCCAAGAACUUCUUCACAUUUGCAAUGAUCACAUUGAAGAAAGUGAUGAUAAGAAGGGCGAUGAAUUACUUCAAGCUUAUGCUGUCCUGGGUCUUGGUUUGGUCGCUAUGGGAGAAGAUGUUGGGCAAGAGAUGGUUUUGCGUCAAUUUGCUCAUUUGAUGCACUACGGUGAAGCCAAUAUUCGAAAAGCAGUUCCUCUCGCCAUGGGUCUGUUAAGUCCUAGUAACCCACAGAUGAAGGUGUAUGAUACAUUAUCUCGAUACAGUCAUGACAAUGACAACGAUGUUGCGAUUAAUGCUAUCUUCGCUAUGGGUCUCUUGGGUGCUGGAACCAACAAUGCUAGACUUGCUCAAUUACUCCGACAAUUGGCUAGUUACUACCACCGGGAUACUGAUGCACUGUUCAUGGUAAGAAUUGCCCAAGGUUUGCUUCACAUGGGUAAAGGAACUCUUUCCAUUAACCCAUUCCACACCGAUCGUCAAGUACUUUCACGAGUGGCUGCCGGUGGUCUUCUUUCCGUCUUGAUCGCCAUGAUUGAUGCCAAACAAUUCGUCACUUCUAAGUCACAUUACCUCCUAUACUACCUCGUCACAGCCAUGCACCCCAGAUUCCUCGUCACACUUGACGAAGAUUUGAAACCUUUAACAGUUAAUGUUCGAGUCGGGCAAGCUGUUGAUGUCGUAGGUCAAGCUGGUCGUCCCAAGACCAUUACUGGUUGGCAAACACAGAGUACCCCUGUACUUUUGGCGUAUGGUGAAAGAGCGGAACUGGAAGACGAACAAUAUAUCAGUUUGAGCAGUAAUCUGGAGGGAUUAGUCAUUUUGAGAAAGGUAUGUUCAUAAUUUUGUGUGAAGCGCGCUGUGUGCAUAUUUGAAUAUGGAAAAUGCUAACUAAUAUACGCAAUAGAACCCAGAGUGGGAGGAUGGAAAGAGCUAGUGUGUUGAGAGGUAGGAAAGAAAAGAAAGGAAUGGGAUAUUAAACUAGUGUAUUAUAAUGGCUGGUACAGUGGAGGGGCUAUAGUAGUAGAUAUGCAUAUCAUGUUCCUUUGAAUGAGGGAAGAUAUCGGAUAACUACGAAAUGAAAAUGAAAAUGAAAACGAUAGAUUUUUUGCGAGAAUUACUUCGGAUCGAUGAAAUUGAUGGAACCUCUUUGAUGUGAUGGAUUGUUGGUAUAUUUCUAAGCUUUGCUUCUUGAUUUUGAUUUUCAAUACGUAUUAGAUGAGGAAUUGUCGCAGUAGG